AUGAUCGACGAUCCAUCAAACGUUGAAUGCACCACAUGCUUACGAGCAUGGCAUGGUGUAUGCAAACCAGCAGGUGGCAAAUAUAUUGAAAGACGCUGGUACUGCAAGUACUGUCUAAAGUCUCCGAGAUCUUCUGUCACACCAUUAAAAGGGACACCGCAAAAGCGUACAUCCUCUGUAACAGAGAUCCUUACUCCUAUCAGUCCCAAUGGCCUUGACAACGACCGAAAUGCUCUUCGAAAAAAAGGAAAGAAGAAGAAGGAUGAGAGUCAUGCGGCUGUCGGUGAUAGUGCUUCGAAUUCGUUGGCUAAUCCCUUAAGGUUUGCUCUUAGCACCGCAAAAGAUGGUCGGUCCGCAUCGGCCAUACUGAAAGCUCGCGAUGAUUUGAACAACGCCCUUAUAGCUGCUGAAGAACAUCACAGAGAACCUAGCCGCAGCCCUCGAAAGAGGACGUUGUCUGAGAAGACUUUGUCACACUUUCUUAAGGAGGAUGCAGAAUUAUUCAAAGAAGCCCUAAAUGCGGAAGAGUCUCUGUUAUCAGUUAAAGAAGAAUCUGAAAAGCAAGCGAAAGAGCAAUGGGUGAAUCUUGGAGGAGAAACAGACAUAAGGGUCCUUUAUCCUAGCCCUUAUCCAGAGAAUAUAAAAAGUGCUCCGCUUUUCUUUGUGUGCCCAUUUUGCCUAAAGCCAAUCAGCGAGCAAAGCACGUUUUUUAUUCAUCAGGAUCAUUGCCCUCGCAUAACUCCUCCCGGUAGAGAGAUUUAUCGGGAUGGAGCGGGUUUGCUGUCUUUUUUCGAGGUUGAUGGUGCUGAAGAACGGGUAGAUAAUGUUGUUCUUAGAACUUUAGUGACCUACUGUCGCAACCUUUGCCUCCUUGCUAUGCAGUUUUUGGCGUGGAAGACAAGGUUUAGCGAAAUUGCAACUUUUCUGUUCUAUGUCCUUACGCGAAAUGACGAGGAUGGCUGCAGAAUAGUCGGAUAUUUCUCAAAGGAGAAAAAUCCUAGCAGAAAUUACAACUUGUCUUGUUUGUUGACCCUCCCUAGCGAGCAGCGAAAUGGUUACGGGCAGCUACUAAUUGAUAUGAGUUAUCAACUGUCCAGAAUGGAAAGAAAAGUAGGAGGUCCGGAGCGGCCCUUGUCUGAUCGCGGCCUUCUUACCUACAGAAAAUACUGGAGAUCAAGUAUACUAUGCUACUUGAGGUCGACGAGAGAUUGUCAUAGUAUUUCGCUAAAAAAUAUGAGUCUUGCUACUCGUAUUCAUCCAACAGAUAUU